CGUUGUAAAUGUGUUACUGUUAUAUCAGCACUGUUUUGUUGUCGGCAGCAAAAAAAACAAACAAACAAACUGCGACAUAGCAAACGAAGAGACUUCGUAAAUGUUCGUGAAACAUCGGAGACACGAGCUGCACGAGCUAAAUGUGAGACAUGUCAGUCUGUCGGUGACGCGGGAGUCUGCGGGAGGACAGCUCGUCUUCACCGGGGGGAGGUCGGCCCGGUCCGGCCCUGUUCGGCCCGGUCCGGCCCUGUUCGGCCCCUCCUCGGAGCUCCAGCUGUUUACUCUUCACCGACCAAGACUGAUCAGCCUGAUCCACAGCAGCUCGUGUUCACACGGUUCUGACCCGAUCAUCAGGAUAGGGAAGCAAAGUGAAGAGGCGGCUGCUGCCGGCGCAGCGAGCCUGGUGGACAAAAUGUCAGAGAGUCCGGAGAAGAGCGCCUCGGUGUCGGCUCAGGAGCUGAAGGAGCAGGGGAACCGGCUGUUCCUGAACCGCAAGUACCUGGAGGCCGCCGCCUGCUACAGCAAGGCCAUAGCUCACAGUCCUUCAGUCCCGGCGUACUACACCAACAGAGCGCUGUGCUACGUGAAGCUGCAGCAGUACGACAAAGCUCUGGCAGACUGCCGCCACGCGCUGGAGCUGGACAGCCAAUCGGUGAAGGCUCACUUCUUCAUGGGUCAGUGUCACCUGGAGAUGGAGAGUUAUGACGAAGCCAUCGGCAACCUGCAGAAAGCUUACAACCUGGCGAAGGAGCAGCGGCUGAACUUCGGCGACGACAUCCCGAGCGCUCUGCGGAUCGCCAAGAAGAAACGCUGGAACAGCCUGGAGGAGAGGAGGAUCAACCAGGAGGGCGAGCUGCACGCCUACCUCACCAAACUCAUCCAGGCGGAGAAAAAGAGGUCACGUGCUUCAUGUUUCAGAGAACUGGACGGCUGCAGACACAGAGAAGAAGACAAGUCCGACGACGGCAGAGUCCAACACAGCCUGAACGAGAUCCACAGCAAACACGACAAGUAUCUGUCGGACAUGGAGGAGCUGUUCUGUCAGGUGGACGAGAAGAGGAAGAAGCGGGAGAUCCCGGACUUCCUGUGUGGAAAGAUCAGCUUCGAGCUGAUGAGGGAGCCGUGCAUCACUCCGAGCGGCGUCACCUACGACAGGAAAGACAUCGAAGAGCACCUGCAGCGAGUCGGCCACUUCGACCCGGUGACCCGCUCUCCUCUGACCCAGGAUCAGCUGAUCCCAAACCUGGCCAUGAAGGAAGUCAUCGACGCUUUUAUUCUGGAGAACGGAUGGGUGGAGGACUACUGACCCACGAGAGGAAGGAAGGGAAAUGAUUCUGACACUUUGAGGAUGAAGACGGUGGAUGAGUGCGAUCGAUCACAUGUGCUUCAUGCUGCUCCGCCAUUGGCUUAAAUUCAGAGUUUAAGAACCAAUCACAAGCUUCUUAAAGUCAAACUUUAUUCUGACAGAGACAAAACAAACAGAUGCUUUAAAGAUGUGCUGUCCGUGUCACUAGAGGGCGCUGCAGCAUUUCAGCAGGCAGAGGAAGUCCUCUAUAAAAAUACUCUGUUACAAGUUAAAGGAAGUAAAAUUACUUUAAUAUCCGUCCAUCCGUCCUCUUCCUCUUAGAAGAAACACAUUCCAGCUCCUCCUGGAGGAUCCUGAGGCGUCCCCAGGCCAGAUGGACCAUGUAGUCCCUCCAGUGAGUUCUGGGUCUGCCCCGGGUCUCAGGAGCUCAGGAGGAUCCGGAUCAGAGCCAUCCACAUGAUCUUUGUUUAAAAUCCUAAAGUAAAAAGUAACUUUCAGACGAAAUGUGACCAAACCCAGCUGCACGUUUCAAAUGUUUUAUUGUUGGAAAUAGAGUAAAGUUAUUUUAAUCUAAAUGUGGCAUCAGGUGUCGAGUCACACGUCGUGAACGAGCGCCUUGAGAUCCAGAAUAUUUAAACGUUUAUUUAAAAAGUGAAACUGCAGCACACAAAACGUCUCCUCGUUUCAAAUCAAAAGAAAACGUUCCCGUCCGUGACGUUGAUUCAUGGAGACAAACAGCAGGUGGCGCUAACUCUCCACCUGUGAUGUUGGUGUCAUAAAUCCAGCAGGUGUGUCGUCCAGGUGUUUCCUCCUUCAGCAGCCCACAAACGGACCACGAGAUCCUGAUCCAUCCAGAUCUGUUACAGACUGACCCUGAACAGGGACCAGGUUUAAAUCAGCACAUACAAUCAGAUUACUCUCUGAAAGUAAUCAGAUUACUCAUUAGUCACUUCAGGUGCAAAUGUGGGAAAGUGUUGCGUUUGCUGGCAAACAAAAAGAGCGUAAACCGCAGCGUUUGUGAUGUUAAUCAGACGUGAAUUAAAGAUGAUUAGUGUUUUUAUGAGUGCAGCUUUGUGCUUCAUCAUUCUCCUCGUGUUGCUGUGUUAACGUCAGGCGUCUCCUUCAUCAGCCAGUUUCUGUUAAAAUGUGACGAUUACAAUCUUUGACUCAGCGUCUGAAGCUCGUUAAAGUUUGUUGUUUGAAAAUGUGAUCAAAUAAUAAAAGUGUCGUGUUUU